GUCCUCCUGGGCUGGUGGCACCAUGGAGUCCUCGCAGACAGCGGCUUGGCGCAGCGCCAAGGGAUGGAGGAGGUGGCGUCCCAGAGUCUGCUCCAGCUGAGCCGCAGCGGCGCCCUGAGCCGAAGGCUGGCACAGCUCAGCUCCGAUCUCGCGAAGGCCGCCGAGAUCCACCGAAGCCACGCCGAGCUUGGCAACGUCACCUCAAAGUCCCUGGAAGCUCUGCAGGAGGAGCUGGAAGUUCUGAGAAGCCACGCGAUCCUUGUGGACGUCGCAUCAGUGGAGAAGCUCCGGAGCGGCGUGGCGCAGUGCAACGCCGAUCUCGAGGGGGCGUUCCAGGGAAAGCACGGUGUCAACAGCUUGGCAGCUGCCGCGCAAGAGGCUGAGGGCCGACACGAUGCCUGCAGGACGACGACAGAGCCAGAAUCGGAGGGGAAAGCAUACUAUACUGGAUAUGGCUCUGGCAAACAGAAACGUUCCUGGAGGCGGAGGUGGCGGUUCGGGUGGCGACGCAGGAAACGUCGCUGGGGCUAUGCCUCGCUGGCCGAAUCUGAGGCUUCCAGCACUUGGGAGCGUCGAAGGCGUAGCAGCUGCGAUGACCUCCAACACGAGCUCGAGUCCGCCUUUUGCCAGUACCGGGCAAGGUUGACCCAGACCUGCGGGGAGCUUGGAGCCUGUAGCGUCCGGCUGGGUCAGAGACUCGCGGACGAGGGAGCCGACGAGGCACUGCUGGAGAAAGCAGAGGUAUGGCGAACGCGAGUGCUCAACGCGGAGGCUGCGGCACAGUGCUUCUUGGAGUCUUUCUCGUCCAGGGACCCCAGCGGCUGCGAAAAUGUUGCGGCGAACACCUCCAAUCUGGGCUUGCCUUUUCCGGGGCUUGCUGCCUGUGACACAUCUGCCGUGGCCACCUUCCCUUGCCAGGAGGAAUGGAUGCAGCAGCUUCAAGAUGUGGAGUUUGGUAA